AUGCCGAAGAAAAUGCCGCCGAUGGACGAUCGGCUCAGCGACUUACCGGACGAAAUCCUCCUCAACAUCCUCUCAUUUCUGCCAACUGAGGUCGCAUUCACCACCACCGUCCUCUCCAAGAGGUGGACACCACUCUUCUACUCGCUUACCGCCCUCGACUUCGACGAUGAAGCCGAAGAAGACGAAGAGAACUACAUCCACUUCCGCCGCUUCGUCGACAAUGUUCUCCUCUCCCCGCGCGUCCAGCACCACCCAAUUGAGACGCUCUCCCUCGCCUCUCACUUCAAGCUCGGCAAUGACAGAAGCUGGUUCAAGACGGACGAGUGGAUCGAAGCCGCGAAACGGCGUCACGUCAAGAAUCUCCAGCUGUCUACAACAUAUUUUCUCUUGCACUUGCUGCCCGGAUCAGUUUUCACCUCCUCCAAAACCCUCGUAGUUUUGAAGCUGCGCAAUAUAAUCAUGGAUCAUUGUGUUGGUUCUGUUGAUCUUCCCUCACUCACAACCCUUCAUUUGAUUUACGUUAUUUUUCGUGGACAAAGGGAAGAUUUGAAGAAAAUUCUUAAUGGGAGUCCCAAUGUUGAGGAUUUGAUUGUAUUAGGUCCCUGUUUUGGGGAUCCCAUUCUUAUUGGAGGGUUUAAAACCUUGCCCAAGGUUGUGAAAGCACAUAUCAACGCAUUAAAUAUUCCUUUCAGUGCAAUUCCGAAUGUAGAGUUUCUACACAUUGAGGAUAUGGAGCGUAGGCACAAUGACAAAUACAUCAAUUCCUACUACAGAGAAAUGCCUGUGUUUCGUAACUUAAUGAGCCUUAAGCUAACCUUUCUUCACUUCCCUAGCUGGGUUCGUGUAAUGGAAGUGCUCCCUUAUUGUCCCAAGCUUCAAUCUCUUGCCAUUAAAAAGCUUCUGUACACACAGCAGAAUUACGAAGAGCAAUGGGCACAUACGACAGAACUUGUUCCAGAAUGUGUUUCAUUACAUCUAACAACAUGCUCUAUUGAAAGCUAUAAAAUUAAAGACAUGUAUGAUGAUUUUGAUUUUGCAGCAUAUAUCCUAAAAAAUGCAAGGGUUCUACAAGUGCUGACCCUUCACAUUAGCGACUCGAAGGAAUCUGAGAAGAUCGACCAACUUUUCAAACAUUUAUCUGGGUGCUCGAGGAUCUCUCCAGCAUGUAAAAUUGAAUGCGCAAUUAGUUCCUAA